AUGUCAGAUAAUGGCCCACAGUUCAGUGCGGAAUACUUCCAGAAAUUUGCUAAGGAGUGGGGUUUCUCUCACACAACGUCCAGUCCCAGAUAUCCCCAAGCCAAUGGGGAAGCUGAAAGAGCAGUAAGGACUGUGAAGGAUUUUAUUAGCAAAGCAGCAGAUCCAUACCUUGCUCUUAUGGAGUAUCGGGCAACACCAUUAGCCAAUGGAUAUAGUCCUGCAGAACUGCUGAUGGGCAGAAAGCUUCGCACUACAGUCCCAGUCAUGCCAUCUGUGUUGAACCCAGGCUGGAUGGAUUUGGAUCAUCUGAAAGAAGAAGAAAAGAUAAUGUUCCAGGACUACUCAACAUUCCUAAGAAAAGAUAUCCUUCUAGGGAAAGGAAACCCCCAAAGAGUAUUUAGUGUUGAGACAAAUGAAACACAGUCAGUGUCAGUGAUGGAGGGAGACUCUGUUACUCUACACACUGAUGUUACUGAAAUACAUGAAGACGAUGACAUUCUGUGGAAAUUUGGACCUGAAAACUCUCUGAUAGCUAAAAUUAGCAUAGAGCAGCAAAUCUUCUUCACAUCUGGUGUUCCUGAAGGGAGAUUCAGAGACAAACUGAAGCUGGACAAACAAACAGGAUCUCUGACCAUCACAAACACCAGAAUUGAACAUGAUGGACUCUAUAAUUUACAGAUAAGUGGUGCGAAACGAUUAUCAAAAGCAUUCAGUGUUUCUGUCUAUGCUAGUCUGCCUGUUCCUGUCAUCAGCAGAGACUGUUCUUCAUCCUCAUCAGCACAGCAGAAUUGUUCAUUGGUGUGUUCAGUGGUAAAUGUGGGUCAUGUGACUCUCUCCUGGUACAAAGGAAACAGUUUAUUGUCCAGCAUCAGUGUGUCUGAUCUCAGCAUCAGUCUCUCUUUACCUCUGGAGGUGGAAUAUCAGGAUAAAAACACUUACAGCUGUGUGAUCAACAAUCCCAUCAGCAACCAGACCACACAUCUGAAUAUCAACAAACUCUGUCACACAUGUGCAGAAUUCCACAUCCACUGUUGUGAUUCUAGUGAAGCUGUGCUCCGAUUGGUCAUCUCUGCUCUGGUGGGCGUGGCUGCUGUGGCUGUUCUGGUUUAUGACAUCAGAUCCACAAGAACAGGAGACAAGAAACAAAUAUCAUAAAUAUUCUGAUGCAUCUUGGAAUUUUGAACUAUUAAGAGGAAAACAUAUAAAAGGGAUUUAAAUUCAAAUACAGUUAUCAAACAAAACAAGAGGUUUAAUAUCUGGAUGUAAAUUAAUUUAAGUUUAUUAAAAAAAAAAAUUCAAUUAUUCACAAACGUUCCAAUUCCUAUCCUAAUUUAGAAGGAUGUAUCUUAUGAACGCUAGCGAUGACUUCAGUUCACAGCUUGUUAUAUAGCCCCUCACUGUGGACAAACUAAGAACAACAGUAAACAGUAAAUCUAUUCCUUCUGUAUAAAUACAUGUGGACAUAUUCCAUAUUAAAGCAGAUUAACAAAGAUGUCACUAGGGCACAAAGUGCAAAAAACAAUGAAAAAAAGCACUAUUACUGUAAUUCACAUGGUCUUGUGCUGUUUGUCAGAAAUAAGGAAAAACAUAUAUAUACUCAAACAAUUUUAAUUUUAAUCAACUUUUUUUUUUUCAGUGGUAAAAUGUAUAAAAAUAUCAGAGUAAGU